AUGCUUGAGAGCACUCCUCUCUGUAUGAUUUAUUGUGCAUCUCCAGAUUCAUUCGCUAGACUCGAUCAAUUACAAUGGCUUAUUGAUACAUGUAUUCAAUCAAAUAUUUUUUGUGCUCUUGUCUGUACGAACAAGUAUAGUAAAGGAAAUCAACAACGUGCUCAUGAAUUGAAUGAUUUUCAUUCGUUUCUUUCUCGUUAUCACAGUAUGACACGUAACGAAACCAAUAUAAAAUAUUACGGAAAUGUUGCUCUGUAUACAUUAGUGAAUAGUAUUAUUUACGAAGAUAUUGGUCUUGGUGUAAGAAAAGUAGUCGAAGGUAUUAAUGAACUUAUUUUUGCCAUCAUAACGUCGUUGAAAGACGAUAAACUCGUUGCUUGGUGUUACACUAUUGCUGAAAAUCAAUCGUUCUUGUCGAUGAUGCUUGAUAAAAUUGUAGAAUUAUUUAAAAUAUCUCAACCUAUUUUGGAAGAAUUUCUUCAGAAAGAAGGAAAAGAUACUGCCAAAGCUCUAAUACCGUUGAUUAUCAAAGAAAUGAUGAAGAAAACAUGA